CAACACUCAAAUUAUAUUAUAUAACUUACAACACGUAAUCUAUUUCGUUUUUCUUCACCAAGGGAAAUAGUUUUACUUUCUCUUGCAAAAUAUGGGUGGUGAGACGAUCAUACCUCCUACCUCCACUUCUGAGGAAGAAUACUCAGUAGACCAAGAUUUCCCACUUCCAUCAUUGACUUCCCUAAACCCCACUUUGCUUAGGGAUUACUUGAGAAUGAAGGCUGAAGAUGGAAAAAAUGAAAGCGAUAGGUUGUUUUUAGAAGAAUUUGAUAAGAUGGGUCCUCAGUCAUCUUCUCCGGACUUUGAAGCUUAUCACAAGAGGAGACAGAAGGUUUACAAAGAGGUUUUGCAGAGUUAUGAUCAAUUGCGGGUUCGAAGUAAGAGUCUAAACGAGGCAAAGUACAAGGUUUUGAGUUAUUUCCCAGGAACAUGGAUUGAGAAUGUUGGUGGCAAGAAACUGAGUGAUUACGAUGUUCCAAAAACAACAUCACUCCUUUUGAUUGGUCCAAAAGGGUGUGGAAAAAGUAGUCUUGUCAAUAAAAUUUCCAGGGUGUUGGAGGAUGACAAUUUUGCACCAGAACGUGCUCAAAUAUCAUAUAAUCCAUCUGUUGGAGAUGGGACCUACUAUCUUCAAGGAUACAUGAUCCCAAGAGGUUCAGCUUCAUUCUGUCUUUAUGAUUCCAGGGGCUUGGCCGAUGGCACCUCUGAAAACAUUAAUAUGAUUCAAAAUUGGAUGAAUAAUGGUGUUCGUCAUGGGGAACCUGUUAUCAGGAAAUCUGAUGAUUCCAGUUUAAGGAGAAAAAUGAAAUUUAAACCACGAGAGCUAGAUUGGAAGUUCUGCAGGCCCCAGAUGGUUAAUUUUGUCAUUUUUGUUGUUGAUGCGGUUUCUGUUUUGAAAUCCAUUGAGGGUGAUGGCGUGGAAGACUUACUCUGCUUGCAGAUGAUCAGCGAGGUUUUCAAGCAACCGUGCUUAUCAUUUAAAGAUGAUAAACCUGUUGUCGUUAUCACACAUGGAGAUUUACUUUCAAUUGCUGACCGUGUUCGUGCCCGUGUUUAUUUGGGAGAGCUGCUUGGUAUUCCACCUGCAAAACAAAUUUUUGAUAUUCCAGAAAACCAUGAUCCAGUAACAGAGUUGACAAUUGUUGAUAUGCUGCGCUACUCACUUGAGCACGCAGAUCGAAAUCUUCCGUACAAGAACUGGGUAAUGGAAAAUGUUCGCAAAGUCCCUCUAUUUUCAUGGUUAUGUGUGCUAGCAAUGCUGCUGGGUAUUGCCUCAGGAAUGGCUUGCAUGCGAUAUUUGCAUAUGAGGCAUCCUCGGGAAUCAGAACUUAACAUAGUUUGGCAUACAAUCCGGCAUAUAUGGUAAAGAUAAAAUAAAGUUGGCUUUCUUUAUUUGGUUUGAUACCCUUCAACCCAGUUCAUAAACUACACGAAUGCAUUCUAUACGAAUGCAUAUGUAAAUGGUUUGAUCUUUUUGAUGUAUGUGGAACUUAAGUUUAUUGGAAUAAAGCUUUGGUAUUAUUUGGGGGUUGACCUUUACA